GUGGUGGCCGAGGCCCAGGAGGCGGCGGCGGCGGCCCAGGAGGCGGCGGACGGGGAGCGGCGGGAGCAGGCCCGGCCCGGCCCUUGAGCGGCCGCCCGGCUGCAGCAUGCGCGUCCGCCGGGGGCUGCUGCGGCUGCCGCGCCGCUCGCUGCUCGCCGCUCUCUUCUUCUUUUCGCUCUCGUCCUCGCUGCUCUACUUCGUCUAUGUGGCUCCCGGCAUAGUGAACACCUACCUCUUCAUGAUGCAAGCUCAAGGCAUUCUGAUCCGGGACAACAUGAGGACAAUCGGCGCUCAGGUUUACGAGCAGGUGGUUCGGAGUGCUUACGCCAAGAGGAACAGCAGCGUGAACGACUCAGACUAUCCUCUUGACUUGAACCACAGUGAAACCUUCCUGCAAACCACAACUUUUCUUCCUGAAGACUUCACCUACUUUGCAAACCACACCUGCCCCGAAAGGCUCCCUUCCAUGAAGGGCCCAAUAGACAUAAACAUGAGUGAAAUUGGAAUGGAUACCAUCCAUGAACUCUUCUCUAAAGACCCAGCCAUCAAGCUUGGAGGUCACUGGAAGCCAUCGGAUUGCGUGCCUCGGUGGAAGGUGGCAAUCCUUAUCCCCUUCCGGAACCGCCACGAGCACCUCCCGGUCCUGCUCCGACACCUGAUUCCCAUGCUCCAGCGCCAGCGCCUGCAGUUUGCAUUUUAUGUGGUGGAGCAAGUUGGCACCCAACCCUUUAAUCGAGCCAUGCUUUUUAAUGUGGGUUUUCAAGAAGCAAUGAAGGACUUGGACUGGGACUGUCUUGUUUUUCACGACGUGGAUCAUAUACCAGAAAACGAUCGUAACUAUUAUGGAUGUGGACAGAUGCCAAGGCACUUUGCAACUAAACUGGAUAAGUAUAUGUAUCUGCUUCCUUAUAAUGAGUUCUUUGGCGGAGUGAGCGGCUUAACAGUGGAACAGUUUCGGAAAAUCAAUGGCUUUCCUAAUGCCUUCUGGGGUUGGGGUGGAGAAGAUGACGACCUGUGGAACAGAGUACAGAAUGCAGGCUAUUCUGUGAGUCGGCCAGAAGGUGACACCGGGAAGUACAAGUCCAUUCCUUAUCACCAUCGAGGAGAAGUCCAGUUUCUUGGAAGGUAUGCCCUGCUGAGGAAGUCCAAAGAACGGCAAGGGCUGGACGGCCUCAACAACUUGAACUACUUUGCGAACAUCACGUACGACGCCUUGUAUAAGAACAUUACUGUCAACUUGACACCCGAGCUGGCUCAGGUGACCGAGUACUGAGACGACGAGAGAAUAUGUGUUUGCUUCACCCGCCACCACCAAGAAAGCAGCCUGACGACAUGUCUCGGGGCUCCACAGAGGAAGAGAACAGAAAUCCAGCAUCCAAUGAAGGAUCACAGGGUUCAAGGGAAAAAUGUGAACACAGAGCACACGCACAAAACGCCUUCACCGUUUGGACCCGACCGCCCGGGUGGAGAGGGUCAGCCCGGGAACUGACUUUCUCUUUUCACCAGACAGACGUCUGUCCUGCUGCUCUUCUCCCCCCACCCCCGCCAUCUCCUGCCCCGACGAACCGUCUCAGCCACAGUCUUCAGAACCAGAACUGUGAUCCGCCACCGUCCCGCUGCCGGCCUCUUCCUGCGAAUGGCCUUUGGAGCUUCCUGGCUCUCAGAGCAAAAAGACAGACCCACCACUGGGCAGCUGUUUUAGGAAGAGCAAGUGAAACUCCACACGCCAUUCUCCUACAUCUCUGGUGUUCUCUUUGGUUUCAUUUUUUACAAAAAAAAAAAAAAAAAAAUUUACCUGCUUUGGGUGGGGAUUGGGGGUGGAGGGGAGGGGUCCGGGAAGAUAAAUAGACAUAUAACAAUCACUUCUUGAAGAAGUAUAACUGUAAAUAAGCCAUGUAAAAUGCCUUUUUAAAAUUUAAUUUUCUAGCUGGCUCGAAUUCAAACCGAGGAUUUACACAUUAGAUCCCGUGUUUGUUUGGCAGAUGCAGGAACUCAGCUAAAAUGGAAUAACAUCAUCUCCCAAAAUUGCUGUCACUUUGGAAGGGAGUGGAUAUAGGGCAUGUCACAAAGAAGAACAAAACAGUCCGGUCUUUAUCACCGGUAUCUCCCGUCCCUCCCAUCCCCCCAUCCAAAAGUCCUGCUCUUCACUUUGGCUCUGGAUUCCCCCUUCCAUGCUGAGCAGGCACACUCUAGCCCCAGUCGUUUGCUGAGCAGGGAGCCUCGUGCUACAACACUUGCUCUCCUGCUCCAAGCAAACCCUUCAGGUGGGCCCGCUCUGCACACACCCCAGAGCUCUGGAUUGUGUGUCUUGCCCUUUGAUCAUCAUGAAGAGAGAGUGUGGUUGUUGGCUUUCCUACUUCUCUCUCCCUCGCUCGCUCGCUCUUGUGGAACAUGGCCACAAUUUCUGAAAUCUGUGCCUAAACUACCAACUAGCUUCAGUGAUUCCUCUGAACAUUUCUCUUACCGGUUUCUGGAAAGAUUCUUUGUGAACGUUAUUAACUAGAACAUAGAAUAACAAGCAACCAAAUUAUGAAGAAUUCAUCUGGGGAGCAGGUGACACUUGUGGGCUGUAGAUCAGCCAGGAUCCCGUUUUGGUCAAAUCAAAGCUUUGGAAUUAGACUAAGCCGCCGGACGGACACAAGAAAGAGCCCAAGUGCUCUGUUCACACCCCCAUGUGCUUUUUGAAGUCAGAUUCUAAAUUGCAUUGAAUGCGUGCCUCUCUUUUCCCCUGAGCCAAACCCCUCACCUCAGAGUCCCCUUUGACUUCUGCAAAAUUCUGAAAAAUAUCAGUUUUCCCCCCUCUCCUUUUCCAUAAAACAUAUUUAUAUAUCAUUAUGAGGAGUACUUUCUGAAGAGUACUUCAUAUUUUUUUUAAUUGCCUUGUUUGCCUUCAACUUCCUUAAUUUUCAUGGUUUACAUGGAUGCGUGUGUAGGGGCGACAUUUGUGUAUAUACACAUGGGUUGGGGUUUUUUCCGUUGCCUGUGUUGGUUCCAUGGACAUAUGAUCCCCACAAGCUGUGGGAGUGAUAGGCCAGGCCUUGUGUUCUGUUGUGUGUUUCUUCUUUUGAAGAGUAAAGUGCUAUUUAGAAAAUAAAUUGCAUUGCGAAGCUCUUACCAGCUCAUAUGAGAGAGCAGGUUCCUGCCCUUGAACACGCUGGUAAGUUGUAUCAUAAUGUUUUCAGAGUUUUGAGCAUUUCCUGCUUUAAAAGACCUUCACGAGGGAACAUGACACAGAGAAGUUCUUCUGGCUUUCCUUUGGCACAGGGUGCAUAGAGCAAUAAAGAUUUCUUUCCCCCCUUCCUCCAGACACCUCUCGGCCUCUGUGCUGGCACUGCCACUUCUCUCUCCGAGGGCUGUGAGCUGCCUUGAGUUUGAUGAGAUUACGAUGCCCUCUGGAAGGGUUUGCCAGGUCAGACUGAUCCUUGGUCAAGGAUGGCGCAUGUACCCUCGGCAGCGUUGUGAAAAGUGAUUUCAUUGGAAGCCUGUCGUUAACGUAUUUGCCACCAAGAACAAAAUGUUGGCCAAAGGCUAACAUGCGAUUUCAAAAAGAAAAUGCUGAUCUGAGGACAAAAGGAAAAGUCUCCUUCCACUCUUCCAAGUAGCGUCAUCUUGCCAUCAUGUGUGAAGUUGUUCGAUCGUGUGAAAUCUCUUACUGUGCACUGUGAGUCGUGUAUCCACAGAGCUGAGGAGUAUCACGUGGGGAAACGUAAAAGUUAAAACUACAGCCAGGCCCGUGUGCUGUUAGUAGUGUGAAAUUCUCAUGUUUAAAAAAAAAAAAAAAAAGCCAAUAAGAACCAAAUGUGACCUUGUCCUUUUGGCAGCUGAAAUUCUUUAAGGCUACCGAUGGAUGACCCCUUAAAUCAGUCUCUUUUGAUUCUCUGUGCCAGGAAGAGUUUUCCUUGCACACCGUGUUUGGUUUUUUGUUUGGGGCGGGCGGGGGUGGGGUUGGCUGCAAAACUAUUCCUUUUGACAUUACGGGGACUUGUGAGAGCUCCUCUACACAGACAUGAAUAGCCAAGCAAGAGCCACACGUACUGAUUGUAUCUACUCACCAUCGACGAUGGCAUUGAACGUAGCUAGCUUAUUUCCAUCACUACAGUUUUUUGAGCUUGCUGUUAUGUUUUAAGAGGUGCCAGGGGUACAUUUUUGCACUGAAAUCUAAAGAUGUUUUAAAAAACACUUUUCACAAGAAAUAGUCCUUUGUCAUUACAUUAUUUACUCAUGUGUUUGUACAUUUUUGUAUGUUAAUUUAUGAAUGAUUUUUUCAGUAAAAAAUACAUAUUCAAGAA